GAGCACGCAGAGGAGGAGUUGCUCCAGCCUCCUAAACCCUCCCGAUGACUCGGAGCUGAGAAGGAGCAGGAGAGGGAGCAGAGCGCCAUUCAAACUCCACACCACUCCACACCACACCAGCGGCGCCUCCGCCACGCACAUCAGCACCAUGAGGCGUGAACGGGCGCGUGCACAGAGACAUCCCGCUUCACUGAGCGCUCAUCAGCGUCACAUGCGCGCGUAGUGGAUGACAAGCACGCCGCGUUCAGCACGUUUUUUUUUUUCCUGAGUUAUUAUUAUUAUGUAAAAACUUUGUUCAAGACUUUACGUGUGAAAUAUGGCGCGCGGUAUUUAGAUUGCGGUGAAAUACGUUUCUGAAGUGGUGCGAAGUUUUUUUUUUUUAGUGGAUGCGCGUGCUUUCCCUUCAGUUCAACCACUGAACUUCAAACUCUGGACAGCGACUGCGCUUGAUUUUUUUUUGGAGUUUUUAGAUUCUCUUGUAUAUUAAAUUGAAGUUAAAACAUGGAGCGCGUGUGGAUUUUGCUCGCGAUGUCGAUCGGCAUCUCGCUCGCGCACAUGUGUAACGGCUGGAGAGCUCGCGCAGGUGGCCGCGAGCGGAGAGACGCAGCCGCCGCCUCCGUGCACGCCGUUUUCGAGCAGCUGCGAGCGAGGAGCUUGAACGCAGCUCCGUUAGGUCCGGGUCCCAUCAGGUCCCACGCACUCGACUCGGAGGAAAGUCCGCGGUCAGACUCCGACACCGGGCCGGCGGCUCAUGCUCCGAUACAGGAGGCAGACACCGGAGAAGCCCGGGAGAAAACCGCCAGAAUCCCGAGACAAACUGGCAGGAGCGUCGCCUCUCACAGAGCGCGGAGCAUCAGCAAAGCCAACACACCUGAGCGCGCGGACAGCAAACCUGCUCAUCCAAAGCGCCUGGUCGGGCCACAUGUGUGUGGGGGUCAGCAGUGCUGUUCAGGAUGGGCUGUUGCACCUGGAACAAACCGCUGCAUCAAACCUGAUUGCCAGCCCCCGUGUCAAAACCGCGGCUCGUGUAGUCGCCCCCACACCUGUGUGUGCCGCUCGGGUUAUCAGGGACCACGAUGUGAAGAAGUGGCACCUGAGCAGGUUUACAUCCGCACUGGCACAUCCAGAAUACUGAUGCCCAUCCAGCCUGGAACGGACACCACCCGGAAUCAGUCUGCCCGCAGGAGACCCACUGAGAGACAAGCGAGUGAAAGCAAUCCCAAAACCCAAACGCUGAAGCCGCCAACUAGCAGAGUGGCCCAUUCAUCUGGAACCCAGGUUAGACGCGGUUCUCCCGAGGUGCAGCAGACUGGUGCAGGACAGUCUCAUGUCUCCAGGACUGUCAAGCGUUAUCCUUCAUCUACAGCACCUAUAACCUCAAACGCUCUGCCCAGUGCAAAUGGACACAACCAUGGACACACACACACACAGCAUGUUGCCUACUCUAAUGGCCAGCCACAUGCCUCCAGCAACACAGUGACUCCAACAGGAGCAAACCUUACAGCUAAUGUGGACCGAAUCAAGAUCAUCUUUACACCCAUGGUGUGUAGGAGGAUCUGCCAUGGGGGGCAGUGCUACAAUAGCUGUGAGCGUGGAGAUAAGACCACAGUGUACAGCGAGAACCAGGGCCCACCGUCUAAGACCCAUGGCUUCAGACUCUUUUUCUGUCAGAUUCCGUGCUUGAAUGGAGGACGGUGUAUCGGGCAAAAUGAAUGCUGGUGCCCAUCAAACUCCACAGGAAAGUUCUGUCACCUUCCGGCUCUGAAUCCCAGCAAACCCUCACCCGGCCGACAAACCAAUAGCAGAGUGCACAAUGGCUCAUCUCACACAGUCUACACCCUUCCUCUCUCUAACCAGCAAGCUUCCCUUUUACCCUCGCUGGUGAAUGUACAUGUCCAGCACCCACCAGAAGCUCAGGUUCAGAUCCACCAGGUUGCACGGGUCAAACCGGGCCAAACAGCUGAAACAGGACACUCGGUACAACAGCGCUCUCAGCCUGGCAGUAAUCAUAUCAAUGUCAAUGGGAAUGGAAAUGGGCAGAACAGCGUGCACAGCACUGGUCAGGACCACGGGCAAAACCACCACAGGCCACAUAUUAGGCUAAAUGGACAUGUGGGAAGGUGUUUCCAGGAAACAGUUGAUGGAAAGUGUGGGAAGCCUCUGCCAGGUCUUACCAAGCAGGAAGACUGCUGCGGCAGUGUGGGAGCUUCAUGGGGUCUGCACAAAUGCACCGAGUGUCCCAGCAAACCGGCUUAUGCAGUGAUUGCAAAUGGCCUAGUGGAAUGUCCUAAAGGCUAUAAAAGAAUGAAUUCAACUCAUUGUCAAGAUAUCAACGAGUGUCUGAUUCCUGGGGUGUGUAAACAUGCUGAGUGUCUGAACACUAAGGGCAGCUUCAGGUGCACGUGUAAGCCUGGAUACAUGCUGGACGCUGCGCGCAGUCAGUGUGUCUCGGAUAAAGCAGUGUCUAUGGAGCAAGCCUCGUGCUACCGCUCCAUUUCACCAGGUUCAUGUAGCCAUCCACUGGCCCAGAAAAUCACUAAGCAAAUCUGCUGUUGCAGCCGUGUGGGAAAGGCCUGGGGCUCAGCCUGUGAGAUGUGCCCAUUACCUGACACAGAUCACUUUAAGGAGAUCUGUCCAGCAGGCCACGGCUACACCUACUCUCGCUCAGACGUCCAGAUAACACUUCGUGAGCUGGAGGAAGAGGAGCUCUCAGAAGUCGACUCAUUCCUUUCUCAGAACCCCACAUACCCUGAGCCUCCUCGGACCCUGCCAGAGACACCUCAUCACCAACCACUACCACCUGAUUACCCCGAGAGCCCGUACCACAAGCCAUCAGUGCCAUCUUACCCUCAGACACCUGCUAGGCCUCAGCCACCCAGGACUGGCCACAUGCCUCUUCACCCUCCUCCAGUCUCCUUACCUGAGGGUGGCGAAACCGUGAAUGAGCCAAUUAAUACACCUCCUUCAUACCCAGGUGUAGUGGAGGUCACCUCUAACUCUCCUACCUAUCUGAUGCCAGACUUGGAGAAUCGUGACACAGCACCGAUUAACGUUGCCACUCAGGUCACAGACAUCGACAAGUGUUCACUGACUCCGACAAUCUGUGGUCCAGGCCAAUGUGUGUCAGUGCAGACUGGCUACACCUGCUACUGUGACCCAGGCUACACCCUCAAUGCUUUGCAGACCACCUGCAUUGAUGUAAAUGAAUGUGAGAAUGACCCGUGCGGAGGAAAGGGCCACUGUGUGAACACUUUUGGCUCCUAUACCUGCCAGUGCUUCCCGGGCUACAGCCUGCUCAUGACACAGAACAGAAAAUUGUGUCAAGACAUAAAUGAGUGUGCCAUGCCUAACAAAUGUCCCAAUGGCAACUGUAUCAACACUGAGGGAUCCUUUACGUGUGAAUGCAGAAGUGGCUUCACCAAGAACCAGAGAGGAGAGUGUGAAGAUGUGGAUGAGUGCAGGAGCCCCGGUGUCUGCCCCAGUGGUAAAUGUGUGAACACACGCGGCUCGUUCAAGUGCCAAGCAUGUGGCCCUGGAUUCAGGCCUGACGCUGGGAGAUGUCUGGACAUUAAUGAGUGUCAGAUGGCGGCUGUGUGUACUAAUGGUCGGUGUGUGAACACAGAGGGCUCCUUCACUUGUACAUGCAACCAUGGAUACCAAACAACUCCUGACAAUAAAAGCUGCCAAGAUGUGGACGAGUGUCUGCUCCCAGACGUCUGUGCUCACGGCACAUGUGUUAAUGUUCCGGGCUCACACAGGUGCAGCUGUAACACAGGUUACCAAAGCAGCCCUGAUGGCAAAGCUUGUGUGGAUGUCGAUGAAUGCGCUGAACCCAGUCUGUGUAUGCGAGGUGUGUGUGUUAACACUGUUGGCUCCUUCACCUGUACCCAGUGUGAGGUUGGAUACACUCUUUCUGAUGACAGACAAAGGUGUGAGGAUAUAGAUGAGUGUCGCUCCUUGUCUACGUGCCCGAAUGGUGUCUGUCUGAACUCAGAGGGCUCGUAUUCCUGCAUAAAUUGCCCCACUGGUUUCACUGUCUCACCAGAUGGAGAGCUGUGUGAAGAUAUUGAUGAAUGCCAGUCUCCUGACAUUUGCCCAUUGGCUGCUUGUACAAACUCUGAGGGUUCGUAUUCCUGCAUGACCUGUGAAUCCGGCUACAAGGUCUCCUCAGACCGGCGCACAUGUGAAGAUAUUGAUGAAUGUGAGGACAUGGCGGCCUGUCUGAAUGGACAGUGUACAAACACAGAUGGCUCCUACCACUGUGGCUGCGCUCCAGGCUUUGAGCUACUAAAUUCUGUCUGCAAAGAUAUUGAUGAGUGUGAGGAUGAGAUGGUCUGUGGCAAGCAUGGCUUCUGUGAGAACACAAAUGGCUCCUAUUAUUGUCAUUGUGACCAAGGAUAUGUCAGUACACCUGAGGGCCAUGGUUGUGUUGAUGCAGAUGAAUGUGAAAUAAGUAGUGAGUUGUGUGGUGAGGCUCAUUGUGAGAACGUGGAGGGAAGCUUCCUGUGCCUCUGCCCCACUGAUGAUGAGGAAUUUGACCCCAUUACUAUGCAGUGCAAACCCCGCCACAUGAUCUUACCAGACUCCACAGGACAUGACCUCCCUGCUCCUCCCCAUGGUGCCUCUGAUGACGAACAGAGGAAGGAUUGCUACUACAACCUAAACGACGCCAACUUCUGUGAAAAUGUGCUCUCCAGUAAUGUCACCAAGCAGGAAUGCUGCUGCACUGUAGGAGCAGGCUGGGGAGACAACUGCAACAUCCACCCAUGCCCACAAAACGGACAAGUGGAGUAUGCUGAGCUGUGUCCUCAUGGUCCUGGCAUUCUCCCCAUGAUCACCGUACUCGAAGGCUUCAGUCACCUCCGGAGUAUAGAUGCAGAUGAGUGUGAGAUGUAUGGCCCAGAAAUUUGUAAAAAUGGUUAUUGUGUGAACGUCUAUGCCUCAUAUAACUGCUACUGUCACAGUGGCUAUUACUAUGACAACGUCCGUAUGGAGUGUGUUGAUGAUGAUGAAUGUAAGGAGGAGAAUCAGUGUGAACAUGGAGAGUGUAUGAACACCCCCGGCUCCUUUAACUGCUUCUGCAUUCCUCCACUCAUCCUGGAUGCCACACAGCGUCGCUGCAUCUCUGCCAACAGCACAGAGGGUCCUUUCCUUGAUGAGGAUUAUAUUCACACAGACAUCUGCUGGCAGGAACUUAAACCUGAUACCACUUGUAUUAAUCCCAUGCUUGGUAUGUCGACUACCUACACUGAGUGUUGCUGUCUCUAUGGUGUUGCCUGGGGGUCACAGUGUGCCUUCUGCCCUAUAAAAUCAUCUGAGGAUUUUGCUGUAUUGUGUAACCUGCCUAACAGAGGCUCAGACAGCCUACGGGAGCAUCCAGGCUUUGAAUAUGGACCUGACGCCCCACCUGAGGGACCCAAUGGUCCACCGUACUGGGGUAACUAUGGCGUUUUGGGAGGUGAGACCUUCUAUGGACCUGAAGGCCCUUUGAGUGGUUCCAUCUUUACUGAUCACUCAAAUGACUACAGCUCUAGAGAGGGAGGACGAGUACCUGUGCCCAGACCCCGAGAGCACCAACCACCCCGCCGAGUUAACCCUUACAGGGAUCAUAGUGCAGGAUUUGAGGGUCUGCAAGCAGAAGAGUGCGGCAUCUUGAAUGGCUGUGAAAAUGGCCGAUGUGUCCGUGUGCGAGAGGGCUACACUUGUGAUUGCUUUGAUGGCUAUGAACUAAACUUAAGCAAGAUGGCGUGUAUUGAUAUAAACGAAUGUGAGGAUAUCAGUGACAAAGUGGAGCUGUGUAAGAACGGAGUGUGUACCAACACAGAGGGCUCAUACAAAUGCACCUGCUUGCCGGGCUUUUUGGCUUCUUCUAAGCCCCACGAGUGUAUCCCAGAAGACCAAGGCUCUGUCACCCACUCUGUGGGAAAUUGAUGCACUCGUCUCUCUCUCUUUCUCUUCCAUCCAUCACUUCUCUAAAGGACUGACACUAAACCUGCAUCAGUGAAGCCGAGCCAGCUGAGCUCCAAACAUGAACACACACAGUUACAGUCAAAGCCUAUUCCGUCUUGUACAUAAAGAGUGAUUUUUAAAAAUAAGUUCAAGUUUUAACAGGACCUGUGAAGUGACUCAGUUUUUGAUUGGUUCUCAUGCAUAAUGUGAUUUGCAUGGCAUUCUGAAUGUUGCCCAAAUGGUGAUUACAUGUACUUUAUUUACAAUUUACACACCUAAUUUGUUAUUAGAGGUCGUUCCAGCUCAGGAUUGUGGGUCAAGGCUUCAUUGAGGGGGUUUGGGAUUUUUGUACAGAUCUAGUACUAUGUAUUUAAAUUGGUUUGUUAUAUAUUCUAAUAAACUCAUUCAGUACACUCAAUAUUUUGUUUGACCAAAAAAAAAGGUACAAAAAGGUAUAAAAAAAAUCAGUUUAACCCUGUAGAUUUAUAGAUUUCUGUACAAAUGUUUUGUAGCACUAUCGUUUAUGUAUGGAGAAAAGGUUUACACUGUAUCAGAUAAAGUGUAUGUAUCCUGCCCUGUGGAGCAGACUAUGAAAUGUUAUUUUAUGGAAUGACUGCACUUUUUAACUAAUGUUAUAUGGUGCCUUCAAUCCAGCGAACACCUAGUUCAGAGAUUUUCAGCAACAUGUUAAUGUGCGUCACAUUUGCUUGAUAAUUAUAUAGUCUACUUUGAACUGAAAUACUUGCAUCCAUUAUUGCUGGCUAGACAUUCAACAGAUUUAAAGCUGCCUUAAACACAAUGCAAGCCACUUUUAAACAAAAUAUUCUGUCCUGCUGUUGAGCAAUAUGACAUGUAUACUAUAACACAUUAAACAUUUUACUACUUGGAUUAUAGCAGAGGGUAUGCCCAAGCCUGAAUAUUACAGAAUAAGUACACAUACAGGUGAAAAUUAAUGAAAAAAGAAAUUAGUAAAGUGUUAAGCCACAAGGAGCUGACAGAACAGCUUCAGUGAGCCAUAGCACAGAUUCUACAAGUUUCUGGAACUGUGAUGGAGGAAUGACCACCAUUUUUCCAAAAGAUAUUCCCUCAAUUGGUGUUUUGAUGAUGGUGGUAGAGGGCACUGUGUAACAUCUGUCUCUGAUCAGGCUAGAAAUGUUUCAGCCUAGAAUGAAGGUGAUCAGUCAGAAUAAUUUUGUAUUGAUUUGCAGUAACUUGUCACUCCAACAGGAUAAGUGGACCCAAACCAUGCUAGCAAAAUACCUCCCACAGUAUAACUGUUUUUUUUCCUUUAAUAUGGCACCCGUCUAUAUAUACCAACAUCACUUGAUAUAAACCAAUGAUCAGUUCUCCAUAAUAAGGAAGAGACAGGUUAUAUGUGUCUGUACUCACUACCAUUUUCAGUGGCAUCUCAGUGGCCACUGUGCAACCACCUUUGCCUGUGCUCAGGACACGUCUUGAAAUGAAGUUAUCACAUUUGAUUUUUGGUAUUUUGGAAGGCAAUUUUAAACUUAAUCAUGAAGAUGGUUAUGAGUAGGCUGUAGGAAUGAUCCCUUUUUUGGAAACUGUGGUCCACCCUGGUUUGUUCAUUCCACUUGAUUACCUCUGACUGUAGUUGUUUCAGGACAAUAAAGUCUAAAAAUAA